AGGUCCUUUGGGUGUUUCCUGGGCAGCGAGCCGGUGGCUCCUUGGCCUCUUUCCUUCUGCAGACUCUCCCCUCCUCCCCCCUUCCCUUUUGGCCACUGGCAGCUAGGCCUGGGAGGGUUUUCUGGACAGGGGUCCUCCCUCUCAGCCGUGACCUUCACACACGCAGCCCGCCCCCGAUCUUCCACGGACGGACGGGGCCACUGCAGGCGGAAGCAGCUCGCAGCAGCAGCAACAGCAGCAGCAGCAUGGAGCUCUGGGGGGCCUAUCUGUUCCUUUGCCUUGCAUCCCUCCUGCCCCAGGCCACCGCUGAGUCCCCAACCCCCAAGACCAAGAAGGCCCCAGGUGGCAAGAAAGAUGGGGUGGUCCCCAAGAUAUUCGAGGAGCUCAAGAACCGGCUGGACAGCCUGGCCCAGGAGGUGGCGCUGUUGAAAGAGCAGCAGGCCCUGCAGACAGUCUGCCUGAAGGGCAUCAAGGUGCACAUGAAGUGCUUCCUGGCCUUCGCCCAGGCCAAGAGCUUCCACGAGGCCAGCGAGGACUGCAUCUCGCGCGGGGGCACCCUGGGCACCCCGCAGACGGGCCCUGAGAACGACGCCCUGUACGAGUACCUGCGCCAGAGCGUGGGCGCGGAGGCGCAGAUCUGGCUGGGGCUCAACGACAUGGCGGCCGAGGGCUCCUGGGUGGACAUGACGGGAGCUCGCAUCUCCUACAAGAACUGGGAGACAGAGAUCACCGCGCAGCCAGACGGCGGCAAGGCCGAGAACUGCGCUGUGCUGUCGGGCGCCGCAGCGGGCAAAUGGUUCGACCAGCGCUGCCGCGACCAGCUGCCCUACAUCUGCCAGUUCGGCAUUGUGUAGCUGGGCGCGGGGCGGGGGGCUUCUUUGGCCAAUAAAGUUCUAGCAGCUUUGGA